AUGUCCCCACCUGUGUGGAGCAGGCACAGGUCUCUAUUUUUUGCUGUGGCUUAUGUGAUCCUGAUCUUUGGAAUCCAGCAUUUCAUGAAGGAAUGGAGAGGCUACAAACUACGCGCACCACUGACCCUGUGGUCCCUCAGUCUGGCCUUGUUCAGUGCCAUUGGGGCCCAUCGGAACUGGAAGCAAAUGGCCUUCAUCCUCCCUACCAAGGGAUUUAAGCAAGUGGUGUGUAGUCAAUCCUUCUAUGUACACCCCAUCUCCAGGCCUUGGGUCUAUUUAUUUGUGCUGAGCAAAGUCCUGGAACUGGGUGAUGCUGUGUUCAUUGUUCUCCAGAAAAAGCAGCUCAUCUCUGUCCACUUGUACCACCACGUUACCAUACUGAUCGUCACCUGGUAUGGCUAUAAGGAUGUGGUGGCUGGCGGUGGCUGGUUUGCAGUCUUGAACUCCAGUGUCCAUGCUGUCAUGUACUCCUACUACACCAUGUGAGCCGCAGGCUUCCAGGUAUCCUGCUUCAUCACCAUGGCAAUCACCUUUUCACAGAUGCUGCAGAUGCUGGCAUAUAUAAUAUUGAAUGUCUUGAUCAUCUUCUGGAUGGAGGAUAAGGUCUGCCACAACACCUGGACAACUGUUUUCCUUUCAUUCGUAUUGUAUCUCAGUUUCCUGGUGUGCUUCUGCAACUUCUUCUUCUUCAAGACUUAUUGGAGGAGCACCCAGAAAUCAAAGGGGGAAUAA